UGUGCCACGAAUAACACUUGCACGCACCUAACACUACGACUGUACAUGGACCAAAUGUCCUUCCUACUUGACGAACUGUAAGAUUAAUCAAAGCGACACCCUCCAAGAUGUCCUUCUUCCGCCGCAUCCACUGCCACUUCUGCGGCACUCGAUCUCCGCAUGGCACCUCCUCCGGCGUCAGCGAGUUCCAGUGCACUUCAUGCGAAGCAGUCAACUUCCUCGACAGCAAAGGCCGCAUCAUAGACACUCCGGCGAGCAUAGUAGCUCAGGCAGCGUGUGCAGAUCCACCUCUGCUCGCACAGGGUACGACUCGAAUAGCUUCCCAAUCAUCAGAUUAUCAGCAAGAGACGGCCUUCUGUGAGCGAUGUCUACGCAACCAGCGCAUGUACAUGGAAGCUCUCGCCAACUAUCUUCCGGAUGAAGACGAUCCGGACUAUCAGCGCUACGAUGAUGCUUUACCGCAGUACCAGAAGGAAUUAGAGAAACGGUACCCACAGAUCUGCAAGCGAUGCGCUCCAACAGCGCAGCGCAAGAUCAACCAUUCCGAUCGAUAUGCCAGUACGCAGAACAUCAGCAGGCGAGCUACGGAAACACUACGGAGGCAAGGAAGGAGUCCGAAGGGCCUGCGAGAUGACUGGGCUAAGCGGAGCAUGCGGAUCGUAUUGAGCGUUGUGGGCGUGUUAUACUACGCUGCACUAUUGGCACAGCUUGCGUGGCAUCUCUACGCCGUCUCCCUGGACCUCAGACCAGCGGAGAAGGAGGAGCGGACGGCUGCGCUGGAGCUUGCAUCCGAUCCGAAACCGCGAGGGUGCUACAACGAUGCGCUGCACUUUCGCUUCACCGAAGCCUGCUUUCGAACCUACGGCUCAUCGAUGCCACGAGCAUUGCUCACAUCGCUCUUCCUGAUAUGGUACAACCCUAGCCUUAAAGACUGGUUCCACCACACCCACCGCAUCGAAGCUAUUGCCGGUCAAGCCGAGUAUUGCCGGCUGCAGGUCGUCCUGCUCAUCGUAAGAGCCGUCGCUUGGUAUAUGCUGUGCUCCGACACAGCUCUGUCAGCUUCUGGCCUAACCGCACAUCAGACGGCAGCCUUGCAUGGCUUCCUCAUCGUCGCCAUAGCUGUCGCGCAGUGGCUCAGCAACCGCGCAAUCAAGCCGAUACGAUUCAAGAUUCGACAGAAGAUGAUGCCUCGACCCGAAGAGCGAGAUGUCCUCGGCGCCUUUGCCGGCGUCGAAGAUGAGCCGUCUCCACCCCGGGCCUCAUCCAUCCCGCCAAGCCAGCUUUUCGCUCGCGACCGCAUCACGCCCUUCCCUAUCAGUAAACUUGCCUCGAAACGCCCAGAGCAGGCCAACAGAACCGCCAUGCCAUCCCCACCGCCCUCGGACGAAACAGACGACGAAGGCGACCCCAUGGACCUAGACCCACACCACAACACCAUGCAAUCAGAACCGCAAUCCCGCAUGCCCGGCACAAAAGACACCCGCAUUUACCGCCCCUACACCGCCGAACCAAACCGCACCGCCAACACCAAUACCCGCAGCCUAUACAACCACACCAACACCCAAAACCUCGGCUGGGGUGGGAUGCGCACCGAGCUCUUCGGCAUCCAAGGUACACUCCACAGUCAAACCGAACUCAAGCGCCAACGCGAGGCAGAAGAAGCGGAGCGCAAACUCCGCUUUCAGCCCCCUGUCGAGCAGUCUCCGUUCCGCGGCCGUCUCCCGCAAGCGCCAAUGAGUCUGGAACGUCGCUUGCGUAAUCCGCCGACCCAGGUUAGCUUCAAGAAGACCCCCGUUACGAAGCAGCAGGGAUUUCUGGCGCAGAUGCGGGAGGGGAUUGAGAUGGGCAAAACCUACAGCCACCCUACUGCGAAGCGGGAGCAAGGACCGAACAAGGGUGGGACGCAAUACGCCCAACCGACGCUCCGAGGUCUAGGCGGCCUGGAUUUGAGCGAGACAGACGACGAUCUCUCCUCCCCCGCCAAAACCCGCACUCGGGGCCAGCUGGAGCUGCGGAAAGGUGUUUGGACUUUGCCGAGUGAUACGGCGGGCCAGGCUACAGGGCUGGAAGAUCUUUUCGGGGGGAGUUUUCACAUUGCGGAUGAACCUGCUGCUGUCUCUGCGGCGGCUCGGAAGGCGAAGGGCGAAGAGGGGAGAAGAAGGCUGCUGCUUGGUGUGGUGGCUGUUGCACUUCCGGUGGGGUUAGCGGCGGCGGCGUGGCAGGUGGAGGGGCUGAGGAGGCCGGCGUGUUUGUGGUUGGUUCGACGGUUGGAGGAGUGGGGAUAUUGAUUUAGCUGGCUUUUGCAGGAAGAUAUCUUGACAAGAGCCCGAGGACGGCGGUGUUUGUUUAUAUGUCAUUCAGCGAGGUGUUUUGCGUCGGAUGGUAUUGAGUUGGACCAUGUUAACUCCAUUAGCAUCGUCGGUUGGGCCGGGAAGCGUGCUGGCUCAUAAACAGCGGUCAGGCACCGACAGUCCAACGGCGAUUUAACCAGUCUCGACUUCAACAGGCGCUGAGCGUGCAUUGUGUUCGUGCCGCUUACGAUACCCCAGCAUAGCUAGAUAGCGUUGGAAAAAGGUCUUUCCGUCAGGCAACACCACCCAUUCCAAUGCUGUCAGACCGCUCUCCGGCGCUUCACCUGUUGCGCCGUGCUAAGCUCGAAGAAGGCGGGUGAUAAUGUAAGAGCAAGAAGCAGC